UUGAGGUGAAAAACUCAUUUAACCUCAAAACAGUUUGAGUUUCAUAAUGUUUUAAAAUUUGAUUUACCAAAUUGUUAUUGAUUGAAAUGGUUACUCAAAAUAUCUCGGGAUUGAAAAACUUCUUCAUAUUCAAUCCUACCUUGAGCACCAAAGAAGGAGAGGAAUUGCAGAAAAUUUUAUAUUAUUACCCUAUUUGUGAUAAUACUGAAGUUCAAAUAAAAAAUGUUGGUCUUGUUGAAGGAAUUAUUCAAUUCACUGAUACCUUUAAGCCAACUUCGUCUGCCAGUUCGCUGCAUACUAACAAAACAAGGCAGCUAUAUUUUCAACCCGAGAAGAACUACUGGAUGGUCAUGACUCUUCGCUUGAAUCAAAUUUCCAAGGAAAGAAAUGCCACUGGUGAUGCGGAAGAAUUAGAAGACGAUAUACAAGACAAUGUUUAUGAAGCUAUGCUAAAGCAAGCAUAUUAUAUGUACAGGUUGUUCUGGGGUACAUUUCAAAGCGUGAAAGAUUUGAGUACUCUAAAAAUGAACAUUGAGAUAUUUUAUAGAACUUAUUUACAGUCACUGAAGCUGCCACAAGCAGAUAUCUUGAACGUUUUUUGUGGCAUACAGUACCUUCCUCUGGAUAAGCAAACUUUUCUCAAAGUACAGUGCUUCGUUAACUUAUUGGAGUCAACAUUCCCGAUUGUUCCUCAUACUGCGUUUUUUUAUAAUGAACACUUAAUUUGGAGUGGAGUGGAACCAAGUGACAUGCAAGUUAUCUAUCAGUAUUUAUCAACUUCUGUGUUUCCUGCAAAUCUGGAAACGGAAACACAAGGUAGUUCCAGGAAUUCCUCAUCAACUUUAUCAGCUUUGCAGAGAGGCCGAUUUAUUAUUGGACCAUCAAACUUGAAGCUGGCAAAAACUGUUGGAAAAAUUCCAAAAGUGUACUUAUUUGGUGGCAGUGGAACCAGUGAACUGUACUUUGUCAUUUACAAAAUGUCAGGAGCUUCUGUUUGCCUUUUCAUCAAAGGUGAUUAUGAACUGACCGUGGAUUGUUUUAAAGAACUCAAUGAAUUCAUGAAUUUCAACUUGGUGUCGGUGGUAUCAAGUAUUACUGAAUAUUCCUCAAGAGAAGUGGUAACUCCAUGUUCUGAAACCUCGCCUAGAUUCAUAUACUUUAAUAAACUGAAUUUGGCCCUCAAAAGUACCGUGCAUUCGGACAUAAAGCCAUCUGCUGCCAUAAAAGACUCUGUGAAAAUUAUUGCAGAUAUUAACAGUUUGAUUCCUUUUCUGGGAAGUACAGGAGAGUCAAUCGUUAAAACCAUGAAUGAUUAUUGGGUGAUCGGUAAAACUUCCAACUCGAGGGAAUUUUAUAUUGCACUCCAGCAGAAGAAUGCUAGUUUGAUAGAUAUAAGCGAGGAAGUGAGCAAGUUGUGUGAAACGGAAUUGAAAGGUAUAUUUUUCCAUUCAGCCUGAGAGUUGAUGCGCCUCCUAUUCUAGCAAGAUGAACAUGACAUAUAACGUCUAUGUGGAUAUAUUUCUGGAUUGCAAUUCCAUUAGGUGUUUGUAUCUGGAAAGGAAGAUUUGUGAUAUUACUUCUGAUAUAUGUAGUUAUUUUAUUAAUGAAUUUGGAAAUGUAUGUGUAAUUAUGAGUGCAAUUGAAUAUAUAUCUUAUGUUGAAA